AUGCCGAGGCUCUCCGGGCAGCAGAAAAGAAAGAAGCACUACCGCCCCUCCGUAAUACCUUCGAAUCCCUCUCUCUCCCUCCCUUUCGGGUCAUCUGUUUCUUUGUUUUUUGAAGGACGAUUGACUUGCUCUCGUGCCUGUUCUGAUGUUUUUCGUUUUUUCAGGGGAAGAAGAGGGAGGGAAAUGCCGCCAAGUUUAUCACGAGGACGCGCGCCGUCCACUAUCUCCAGCUUAGUCUGCCUAUGUUCAGGUACUACCAAGGGAGUGGUGGGGGGGGGGGGGUUUGAUAGUGCGAUUGUGGAAGCCUACAGUUUGAGUUAUCUUUCCUUGCGGACUGUUAUCAAUAUGUAACGCCCCUGACUCCGGAUGCGGUGAUUAGGAAAGUUUGGCAAAGUUGUUUGCGGAUUAUGGACCUUCUAGUCCUCCAUAUAUGGCAUGAUAUAUUUCCAGGUCGUACCACUUUGAAUUUUUCAAUAAUCUGAGACGGUGUCUGACUUUCAUUUUUUAUUUAUAAUCAUAAAACAGUAGUUACGUCUCCAGACGAAUAAGAUUGCUCCCUGCAUUUAGGUUAUGAUGAAAUUUCUUUUUUCUCCUUGUUUUAUGACUUUUGUGGCAUUUGCAGCACCUUUAUAGCAUUUCUCGUCAUGCUUAGAUUUGGCACUUUAUUUUUUUCGUUGCUUUGGGUGCUCAUUUAUGUUUGUUUAUGCAAUGAACUGGAAAGUAAGUCUCUGUGAUGCAUAUAAGCUAUUCUUCUAUGCAUAAAGAUGGUGGUAUGAUUUGUUGUCUUCUUUUCUUUUAUAGGAAAUUAUGCAUUCUCAAAGGCAUUUUCCCUCGAGUUCCGAAGAAGAAGGUGGAAGGAAAUCACAAGACCUAUUAUCACAUGAAAGAUAUCAUGUUCCUGGCACAUGAACCGUUGCUUGAUAAAUUCAGGUGUCUCAAUCACGCCCUUUAUCCUUUUUAUUUAAUUUCAUUAUUUUUGUUAGAAACUUGUCGUAUCAGCCCCUGAAGUUUUUAUCAUGUUUCUAAAUGGAGUUGUGUACCUAAGGCCAGAAGUUAUGGAGAAAUAAUGUGAAACGAUAUGUUGUUGUUUUUUUGAAAUUUCGCUACUUUUAGCAUCAGUUUAUUUUAACGAAGCAGUUGGCUACUACCAUGUAUUAUGCAAUUGAAAUUUGUAUUUAUUGAGAAUUUUUCGGUUGUGAGACAGAACUUAUGUUCUGUUGUGGUUGCCAUCAUCUCCACACUUUGCUCAUCUGUUUAACAUAGUUGGUUAAGAAAGGCAGCGAAAAGAUGAUUGAUUUAUGUUUUUUGUACAGUGGUAAUCUGAUUACACUUUCCAUCAUGUUUCCACAUCUAUCAUAAAUGUCUUUUGAUGUUUUGUGGUGAUGCUUCAGGGAUAUUAAGGCCUACGACAGGAAAAUAAAAAAAGCUGUGGCAAAAAAGAAUAAGGAUCUAGCUAUUCGCCUAAAGAGCCGCCGUCCGAACUACCAACUUGAUCCACUGAUUAGACAGAGGUGCAGAUCGCUGACUAUAACUAAAGACUUUUCGUCACAUUCAAUAAUGAUGCCUAGCUGUCAUAUUUCCCGUUGAUAUAGGUACCCAAGGUUCAUUGACGCAUUACGGGACCUGGACGACUGCCUUACGAUGGUGAACCUCUUUGCUGCUUUACCGGCUACUGAGAGUACACGCCUUGAUGUUGAGAGGAUCCACAACUGUCGCAGGUUGACUCUAAAUACAAUUGUCAUUAAUAUUCUAUUGGCUUUAUUUUUCGGCAUGUUCUUUUUCAAUGAAAUUGGACGAGCCAUGAUAAUUUCCUGAUGCCACUAUAUCUUCUUCUUGCUCUCUUUUUGACUCGUUAGAAACCCAGGUGUCGGAUGGGCAGCAUAUAGCUGCCUCUUUUUCUUUUUUUUUCCAUUAUUGGAACUCUAUUUUGAAAAGGAUGUGCGAUAGGCAUGUGUUCCUCUUACUAUUUUCUCUGGACAACGAAUGGUCGAUAUUUAAAAUGGUCUCAUCUUGCAGGUUAAGUCACGAAUGGCUGGCCUAUGUUGCUCGAACACACAGCCUGAGGAAGACUUUCAUAUCUGUGAAAGGUAUAUAUUAUCAGGUAAGAUGGACAAAUUGUACCCACAAUGCAUUGUGAAAUUCACAAUAUAUCUUUUUUAUGCACUGAGUAUGGUUCAUUAUCGUCUAUUUCGUUUAUGCAGGCAGAGAUUGAGGGUCAGAAAAUUACGUGGCUAACCCCUCAUGCAUUACAGCAAGUAGUCCCUGAUGAUGUCGACUUCAAUGUGCUGCUUACCUUUUUGGAAUUCUAUGAGGUAAAGCCACUUUCUUCCCCUCUUUCUUUCCUCAGCGUUUCGGACCUCAAUUUUUUUUUUUCAAUUUUCGUGGAAAAUGGCCUUCAACAUCUGUCUAGACUUGUAUGGAUGAGUGGUCAUAGUGUGAAUUCUAUAAUCAAUCUAGUCGAGCAACUGAAGGAUCAUAGUGUGUAAAAUGAUUUGCUUACAGAUUUUGCAACUUGAAUAUAAAUCUUGGGGGGGAACCAAUUCCCGUGAGCUUUAAAGAAUGUAAUUUCAAGAGUUUUAAUCUAGUGGUAGAAUUAUCCCACCUUGAGCCAAAAAGAUUCUUUUUUAGAAGGAAGAAUCAUGUUGCAGUGCUGAAAUGUUAAAUUCUUUUCCGUUGGUGGUUUACCAUUUGUGGUGUGAUGCACAGUGUAUACAUUAUUUUCUAGAGCAGCUUUUACUAAGAAAUGAAUGUACCUUCACCUUUAUUCUAUUGCUGUAUACUCUUCAUACUUCACCCUGAUUCACUGGUUAUCAUUUGAAUCCUUGACACGAUGGCGUAUUCACAGCGUACAUCAACUGCUAAGUGGAAAAUGUGCUAUGUUUUUCUUGAUCUUGGGAAUGGAAGUGGUAACCCUGACAAGUAGUUUUCUUACUAUCUUCUUAAAGCGGAUAGCUGAGGUUCUCUUCAUUUUCCCUGCCAAAACAGUGAGGGAGCCAGAUAAGUAAUCUCAGUGAUGUAUCUGUGUUCACCUCAAAUGUUUGAUGGAAGUUGGGUAGCCAUAAGACGGGUUCACUGAUCAUUCCCAGUUUGAGGUUAUCAAAGGUUUGUUAGAACUCGGGCAUUUAUUGCCAAUGCACACCUUUCUUCAUGAGGUCUGUUAACAGGCCACUUAUUGAUGCAGAUAACCUCGAAAAACUUGUAAUAAUUAACCAGCAACCACUUAUUGAUGGUGUGGACCUUGGCAGGGUCCACUCUCACACCAUCCCACCCCACUGUGGUCAGAGGAUGCUUCUUCAAGUGUAAAUUCACAAUUUUCUUGUUUGAAUAACGAUGUGUGCUCUCAACUCAGAAAGCGCUUCUCAGAGGUGAUCUUAUAUGCUCCUCUAAAAGCUUCGGUGUUAGACCAAGAUUUCAUCAAGAUAAACAACAACAAGCCAAUUGAUGAGCUAUUAGGAUUAGUUGAUUAUUCCUGAUUAACUUCCCAAUAUACCUCCAGCUUUUCUGUCCAAAUGGUUCGUUCUUGUAAAGUGUGAAGUUAUUAUCAUUUUUAUCAUCUUUUGAUGAGAGGUAAUUGGAAGGGCGUGUAUUCUAUCUUGUAAAUGGAAAUAAAAGGGAGUUGUUUUUUUAAUUUGGAACUAUUUGUCCAUAAGACUGAUUUUUAGUGCAUUUCUCGUUACUGAUAUCUAUAUUUUGCCAUAACUUCAGUGGUCUAGUACUUCAAUAUUAUUUUGAUGAGAGCUGCUUUCUCUCCCGUGAAAUAUUUUAUUUAAAUAAUGACAUUUCAUGUAUCGGAACUGUUGCUAAGUUAUUUCUAAGAAGUUGUCUAUCGUUUAUAUUGUUAAUGGGAAGCUUGUAAACUCAGAUUUUGUAAUUAGUAUGAAAAUAGGUAUUUUUCGUAUAGAUUUUAUUUCAGUGAGAUUAAACUAGAGGAAGCUUAUUUCUUUUCAUACUUCCUGACAAUCAUCUGGAUGCUUUUAUCAAUCAUUGAACUAUUUAAUAAGCUCUCUCUAUCUAGUCAGUUUUCCUAACCUCCAUUCUUUUGCAGACUCUUCUUGCCUUUGUUAAUUUUAGGCUUUACCAUUCAAUAAAUGUGGAGUAUCCACCCAUACUGGACCCUUUUCUCGAAGCUGAAGCUGCAGGUAUUUUUUUUUCCAGUGCCUGAGGGAAUAGUUCAAAUUGGAUCGUUUAUAUCAUACUCUUCUUCUUCAUUAUGUUUACCUGUUUCGUUGUCCCGAGCACACUUUAUGCCAUGAUUGACCUUGUUCCGUUGUGUAGAUCUGUUUGCAUUGUAUCGAUUUUUUUCUGCCGGAUCAAGACGGACGUUUGGGAAUUCUCAAAUCGGUGGAUCUGAGGAACAGAAUGAAGUUCGACUACUUCCUGCCAGUGAACCGGGAGCACUGAUGCAUCUUGUUGAGAACGCUAGUGUGGAUGACAAGGAUGACAAGGAGACGAAAGAAUGCAAGUCUCUUUUCAAAAACCUGAAAUUUUUCUUGGGUCGUGAGGUGAGAGCCUGAUUUCUUUUGGUAUUGUGUGACUUGGUGUUUUCAACACAUGCCGUGGGUAAUUUUUUUGUUGGAAACCCGUAUCUCAUUGUGGAUUGCUUUUUCUUUUUUUCUUUUUUAUUUUUUUUAAAAAAACAGGUUCCGAAGGACUCAUUGCUCUUCAUCAUCCCUGCCUUUGGAGGGACUGUCUCUUGGGAGGGUGAUGGUUCGCCUUUUGGAGAGACUGAUGAAGGCAUUACCCAUCAGGUAGGUGCAUGCCCCUUUUGGCCCUCCAGCAGUUUUACUCUCGAUUUGUAUUUCAAAUGAGGCUCGUUAAGAUCACCACGUCUCUCAGUUAUUUUGAUAAUUUUUUAUCUGUUGCCAGUAUCAUUAUAGCAUGAAAAAUUGACGCCUAAAUAGGCAAAUCUUAAGCAUAGUUUCUUAGCAUCUGUGGGACAUAUGCUUAUGCUGUGAUGAUCAUUACUAUAUCCCAUUCACCAUGAAAUGUGGAUAUAUUCCCACCUUCUGCGCAUAGCAUUAUUACAUGCGACCUCUGCGACAACAAAGCAUCCAUCAGCUUCAAUAGCGUCAGCUGUCAGAUUCCGUGUUUCUUCGCUGGUGCUUUUCGUACCGGGACGCUUUUGGCUUAUAUUCUCAUACUUUGAUGUUUCAGAUUGUUGACAGACCCAGUCAGGGUCAUGUCUAUCUCUCCAGAGAGUAUGUUCAACCGCAGUGGAUAUAUGAUUGUGUGAAUGCUCGGAUUAUCCUGCCAACAGAAGCGUACAUGGUUGGGAGGUACUCGAGGGGCAUCUUCUUCUUUCUUUUUCUUUUUCUUUUUUCUUUUUCUUUUUCUCGGAUCAUUUUUACAUUAAAGUGCAUGGUUCUGGUUAUUCCGGUGCAUCAUCAUAUAAAAGUUGGUCAACAUCUGAAUUCGAGAACCAAUUGCUGUUUGGUAGGGUCCCUCCACCACACCUAUCACCUUUUGUUGACAAUGAGGCCGAAGGCUAUGUGCCCGAGUAUGCAGAGACAAUCAAACGGUUGCAGUCUGCAUCAAGGAGGCGAGUUCUACCCGUGCCAGGAACGGAUGAUGGAGACUUGGACGACCCACAGCAUCUGCUGGCUGAAGGCGUCAUCGACCGCACUCAAGCCCAGGAGGCUUCUGAGAAAAAGCAAGAGGUAUAUAAAUAGAUAAACACAAGCCAGUCAGCUGUUUGGAAAUUGCGCAGAUUGCACGGGGGAUUUGACAGAGACGGAUCAAAUGUUGGCCGUAUUUUUUUGUUGCAGCUGAUUAAGCUCGAGAAGCAGUACCAUGACGAGCUGAACAUGGAGCUUCAGGGAAUCAGCUAUUCUGAAUCUUUAUUAUCGAAGAAGGCAGAAAGCAGCAGCAUUGGGGCGGAGGAAAAGCUGGAGGAUGGCUUGGAUGCCGAGGAGAUGGCAGCCACCGAUGCCACCAGCAUGUCCAAGGUUGUCAUGUCGCGUAAGAAGAGGAAGCUCUACGAGGCGAUGCAGGUAGAGCCCGCCCGCCUCCCUCUGCUCUUCUUCUCUGCUUCCCGAUCCGUCUUGCUAUCUGCAGGAGGAGAUUGGACGAGAACCCAUCUGGGACAUAGCUGUUUUUUUUUUUUAACGAAAUGGGGAGUUGAUUCUUCUUGCCUCUCCACCACUUGUUUCGCAGAUAAGCAAGGAACGGAAGAGGUCGGGUGUGAAGCUCCUGAAGGAAAGGAAGAAGAAGGCAGAGCAGUCCUCGGCGCCGUGA